AUGCACCAAAUUUGCAGUAGUAUGUUUAUGAACAAUGAGUGGCUUAAAUUGUUUCAAAUGCCCUAUGAACUUCAGUAUCAAUUCGAUCGUCCCAUAACAGACAUCCGACAAUAUGGUGCAUCUUUUUAUUUAAAUUUGAAAUCGUUGUGCAUCUUGGCCAACACUACCAUUCAAGAAUAUCAGAAUCAAUUUUAUGACCAACAAUUGAUUUCAUCUGAUCUGAUGAAUCGUAUCGAAUUUGAAUUUAAGUUCAAUAAAACAAUUGAUAAGCUCCGACGAACAAUUUCAGUUGAUGUUAUUAGAAUGCUCGAAGUGACACGUGGUAUCAUGCAUGGAAAUCAAUAUGUGAGUGCUUACUUUACGAAUUGGCAAUAUCAAAUUCGAUCAGAUUACAGAAUGCCUUUGUAUCCCAUACCGUCACGACCAGUAUUACAUGGAGUUGAUUGCUCAUGUGCUCAAUCUUCCCAAUGCUUUGAGAACGCAUUUUUCACAGAUUGGUAUACAGAUGAGAUAUUUUUUGUACCAGGAAUGUUAAUUGGAUAAAUUGAUCCACGUUUACAAACGAAAGCUUUUGCUGACAUUACUAACAUUAGUUUUUUUCAAAACGAAGAUGAAGUAUUGAUUAUGCUUGGUGCAUUGUUUCGAAUUGAAAAAGUAAAUGAAGAUAAAAAGGAAAGAAUAUCGGUGGCUCAUCUAUCGUUAGCAGGCGAAGAUGAUUUUCAUUUGAAAGAAACAUUUUCUUACGUGAAAAACACAAUUGGUGACAAUACUGAUUUGGAUUCUCUCGGGAAAAUUCUAUUCGAGAUGGGUGAAUAUGAACAAGCACACAAAUGCUAUAGAAGAAUGUUGAAUGAGGCUCAGCUUGCUAGUGGAAACGCAGAAUUAGGUUUAGGUAAAGUCUGUGCUCUGUGGAAGAAAACUGACGAAAGUCUUGAGCAUUUGGAAGAAGCAUUACAUAUAAAACAACAUCUUUUGGGACAAGAUCAUGUAGAUAUUGGAGAGUGUUAUACUUGGAUUGGAGCGAUACACUGGAACGUGCGAGAAGAUUAUGAACAGGCAUUGUCCAAUCUUAAAAAAGCCGUUAAAAUCCAAGAAGCAACACUUCCAUCUGAUUCUCUUGUUCUCGCUAAGACUUAUCAUCAGAUAGCAGCCACAUACUACUGCUUGGGACAGAAUGAUUGUAGUCUAUAUUAUUAUAGCAAAACUCUCAAGAUCCGAGAAGCUGUCUUACCUUGUAAUCACCCAGAGAUUGCUGGAACGUACAAUAAUCUAGGAAGAUUAUACGAAAGUAAAGAAAAUUAUUCAAGAGCACUAGAAUACUAUAGACAAGCGAUGGAUAUUUGGCGCAAAAUUUUACCACCUACUCAUGACAAUGUUAUUAUGAUCGAAAAGAAUAUUAUUAGACUGAAAGAGAAAAUGAAAAAAUAG